UUCGUUUUUUAUUAUAUUUCCUAGUACAAUUCGUGCGUAAAACUUAGCGGUAUACUGAAAAUUAGUGAUGGAGGUGCAUGCUGGAAUUAAACGCAGCUAAUAUGUAAUAAAUAAAUGAAAUAUUUUGGACGAAUCUUCAGCUAUAAUCUAUUUUAAUUAACCAGCAUCUUCUGAAAGUGGCGACCCUCAAGAGAGCUCUGGUGAUCUCAUCAGAGUUUGUGGGGACUUUGCACUCCCCAGGGAGACCUUUAGCGAGCGCAGGUGUUGCACUUACAUUCAAGUAUUCACCGCGGCGCAUUAAAAUUACUUGAUUAGUUUUGGCUCACUGUACAAUUUUUUUAAAAUGAGUCCGAGUUUGUGUAGCCGUCUGGUCAUGAAUUGGCAAAAAAUCGAUUUUUGCCUUGCAAGAUGGAAUACCAACUUGUUAUUUUGUAGUGCGCUGCUUCUUGGAUCCUCUGUUGACUCGGAUCUUUGAUGUGAGUCAACCAGUGAAACAGUUCUUUGAAGUUUGUGACCAGUUCUACGAAGAGCAGUGAGUACAAGGUUCGAACCAGAACGGUAUGUUCAGACUACGCAUUUCUGUCCCAGAGUUAAGUCGGCCAAGUAGCCGUCAUGUGCUCGUGUCGCAAAACCCUCCUACGUGUCCCUCGCCGUAUCUAUUGCUCUAAAGUUUCUUUACAUGUUCAUAUUUUCAUUCUUUUACGACUCCGUUUGCCUAUCCUUCCUUCGUUUCUUUUCUGUCUAAUGGCGUUUGCUUGUCAGUGCGAUGGCUUCACGAAAAUUUUUUAUAUCUAUCGAUGACAUUUCAUUCGUUGGGAACAAUGGCUUUCGCUUCGUUAAUUAUGAAUCUUCUCGUUCAUAUGAAGUGAGAUACUCGGAGCUGAGGAAAAAGUUAUUUGUGUACUUAUCUCACUAUAAAAUUUUAGAUUCACAUAAAUAUAACAAAUACCCGGAAAUUUCAUUUUCAUCUUAAAAUUUUCGAAACAGCUAAAAAAAUGAGUCGCUUGCCGAAGCUGGUGGUGCUGGACCUUGACUACACCCUAUGGCCGUUCUAUGCUGGACAUGAAGUCGACUACCCGUUCGUACAGACAGCGAACGGGGACAUUUUGGAUUCUUCAAACAUGAUUCUGAAAACAUUCCCUGAGAGUGAAGAAGCGCUCGAGCUUUUAUCCUCUACCGUCGGUACUAUGGCCGCCGCGUCGUCAGGAGUCCAUGCGAAGGCUGCAGAGCAGCUCCUACAACUGCUCGGCUGGAGGAAGCAUUUCUUGUGCGUCGAAGUUGGACCAGGCUCUAAAAAAACACACUUUGAUAUCAUUCAUCGGAAGAGUCUUGUUGCCUAUGAAGAUAUGCUCUUUUUCGACGACGAGCCUCGGAACGUGUCGGAAAUAUCCGCCCUCGGCGCCACUGCUGUGUUGGUAGAUAAAACCGACGGCCUGACCAUCGCUCUUGUCCACGAAGGACUUCAACGUCACGCCGGACGCAAUUUGCCCUAACGAUAUUCCGCUGUUUUAGCCAUGACAAUAAAAAAAUGUAUUAUGUUUUUGGAAGGGUGUCCGUGAUAAAGACAAUUUAUGACGUUUUUGGUUGACAAUCUGCAUGUACACAUAUUUUUUCUGUAUUGUAUUUGAGUCCCUACAAAAAUUUUGGUAAAAUCA